UUACGGUGCGGAGGUCCCAACCGGAGUGCCUAUCCUCGUCAUGCAUACCUCCCGUCUAACUCCGCAUCCGGUAUUCUUUUCGUGGUCAAAUCCCUUGUGCAUCCUACUCUACUUGCGAGUAGCCUCGAGGUAUAGCGCUCUCCGUCGAACGCAGCCGCGUAUCAAUGUCUAAUGUGGCGAAGCAUGCGGAUUGGAAUGAGCAAUGGCCCACAGGAACACCGUUGCUGGCUUCAACCGUGGGCCGGGUAUUCUUCAGAAAAAGAGCAUGCCCGCGUACAACAGAUAUGGCAUUCCGGCACACUCUCCGUGCGCUUCCAGCUCUCAUCAGCCCACCAACGCCUCGCUAAUAAUCACAGACCGCUGC